UUUGUUAAUUGUCAGCUAUUUGUAAAAUCUUUUUUUUUCAGUCAUCAUGUUUUGAGAUCAUUUUUUACUAUUUUUCUUGAAAAAAAACAAACAAAUAAAGUCGAGCAUUUAUGUUGUUUAGGAAAUAUCCCCUAGUAUUCAGGAUCAGUUCUCUGUUGAUGCUCUGCACGUGAGAUCAUGAUGGGAGGUUGCCAAGCUAUCAGCAUUAAGAGGAAUAAGACGUCCGGUUGUAGGUUAGACGUCUGGGAGUGUGCCUGUAUAUUCAUUGCGUUCAGUUCGAUCUAGAACAUUUUAGAAAUAACACUGUCCUACAGCUGCAGUAGAUGGAGAGCAACCGAUGACAUACUGAAGGAGGAAGCAGCACAUCAACAAAAACCCUGGUCUUUAAAUUUCAACAAUGGGUGGCUCAUUUUUCUUUUUUGUCACACUAACGGCGUGUUUCUGUUCAAUUGGAAGCUUAACACAGACGUCAUAUUACGAGUCAGACAAGAUAAGUCAAAGCACGGGCAGAAACCCUUCUGGUCCAGUGAACUUAUCCACUGAAGCAAUCUUUCAUUCAGAGAGCUCUGUGGUUGAAAGCAGAUAUAAUGGUGGCAGCAUGGUGUCACUACAACUCAACAAUGAGACUGUCAGCCCGAAGGAGCCUGAAGGCGUGAGCAGUGAAGACCAUUCUGGAUCUGGAAUCGCAUUAACUAUGAGACCGGCCCUUACUGAUCACCAAUCAGGGAGUCAUGACCAGGAACAUGACACAGCUAAAGCUGCAGUAUCAGGACACCAUCAUCCAACUAGGAUCUCAGAGGACGCUAUUCAGGAUGAGAGUUACAUGAUAACUGAGGAAUCUACAGUGAAAUAUGACCUUCUCACUGGUCUGGAGAACUUCAAAUUCCAUAUCAUUACCAGACCAUUUACUUCCCUGACAAGUGACAUCCUUGCGGUACCUGGAGAACCUUGUGGGCCUGGUGUCACAGCUUGUAAUGUUUUCACCAACUUCAAUGGAACCCGUUUACUCUGGGAUGACAUGAAGCGCACUCUGGCAUUUGCCUGGGAGCUCCAUGUUUUUGGAUCUGCCAGCCUUUUCACGCUGUUGGCAGUCCUGGCAGUUUUGGGGAUGGCUGGAGCAUGCACUCUUCCUCACCCACUGCGUAAUGCUCUAACCCUAUCAAAUGGUUUCCUAAUUAUAAGUGGUGCUAUGCGCACAGCCUUCCUUCUGCUCGAUCCUUAUGGUACCCGUCAGAUCCUGCCUCAUGCCACACUGGCAGCUCUGCAUAAUGUUCCUCUGCAGCUUCUUCUGUGGACACAGGUUAUCCUUACUCUGGUUACACUCAGAGGGUUAAAGUUAUUGUUUUUCCCAUUAAAGCUGCAGCGCCCAUGGGUUGUUGGGUGGCUAGGUAUAUUCCACUGUACUAUAUUACUUUUAGCGGAUCUGUACUCUUCCAAGUUGUCACCUGCUCUCCCUUUUUUGCUGCAGACCCUUUCUCUCUGCUGGGGUAUUCCUUUCUGCUUGGGAAUUCUCACCAAGUCCCUUUUCAAUCUACAACCCUUUGUCAGAUCUUCUGUUCCACAGUUGAUUUCUUCACAGAAGACAGAGAGGCUUGGAAAACGGGUGAUAGCAGUCUGUGCAUUUGUAGGGGUUCUGUGCUGCAGCCUUCAGAUGUACAGCCUCCUCUGGCUUUAUGGGCUACUGGGUAACUGGAGGCACUUUGGUUGGGGCUGGUGGAUCAUUCAGUUUUGGUCCAGAAUCCUAGAAUUAGCAUGGGGAUUGUCUUUGCUUUUCCUGGGAUCUUGGAUCUUCUGGGCACCAUGUAGGGGUCAGGGAACAGGUGAUCAUGAAAAUGGAAGAGGUGAGGUGUCAAAGCAGGGGGAGGAGAAAAGCUUGUGGUGUAAGAUCUUGGCCAGCAUGGAGAAAGGCCAGCUGAGAAAAUCAGACAAAUCCUGGGAAGAUCUGCUACCAAAUAAUUGGAAAACACAUAACCUGCCCAGAACAGGAAUCAACAACAAUGCAAUGUGCCUGUAUGAUGAUGAAACAACUACCAAUAAACCAGAAUACAUUCCAGAUCCUGUUAGCAGCAGCAGUUCUGACUCUCAGACUGCACUGCUGUGGCAUAAAGUUGGUGAUCGAGAAUGUGUUCUUUCCCUAGUAGAAUUUGACAUGCGACCCCCAUCUCCCAUCAACCUCAGGCGCAGCAUUGACAAUGCACUUUAUCACGGACAGCUUGUAGCAGGAGGUCUGUUCACACCUCCACCGCUGUCUUGGAAUAACUCUAGGAGCACAGACAGAGACAACAGUCUUGCAACGUUCCCUCCAGUUUAUAUCGGCCACAGGUGGCUGUUGGAUACAGAGUCUCUGUCUGCAUCUUUAGAUCAGUUCCAAACCAACGAACCAACUCAGCUGCUAAGAGGACCUGAUACACUUGAUCAUGACAACGGCUCUAGGUCUCCACCUUGUGAACAAAAGGGAGAACUCUCCGCAGAUACGCAUCACCGUGACUGGUCUGAGGAUGACAUCACAGACCUCUGAGCUCAGGGCAUCUUCAGCAAAGUGUCCAGCUUUUAUAAAUCUGUACAAACAUUCAGUGUAGAUUAGCAUAUCCUGCAAGAACUUUACAAUCCUGGACCGCUCGGUGGCACAGUGGGUUAAGCAAGCGGCUCAUAUACUGAGGCUACAGUCCUCCUGCAAUGGUCACAGGUUCAAAUCCCAGCCUGCGCACCUUUGCUGCAUGUCAUCCCCAUUCUCUCUCUCUCUACCCCCUUCCUGUCUGCAACUUGAAUAAAGGGCCAAUAGAGCCCCCAAAAAAUUGAGUGUAAAAUAUUUGAGUGUAAAUAUUUGACUUGGGUCUAAUAUUCACCUAAAAUCGAUGUGUUGCAAAUACUCAGCAUAGGACACCCUAUUGUAAUCAUUGUGACACAAGUAUACUAAUUGAUUUUACAUGAGAUAUGUAUGUGUUCUUGGGUUGGUUUUCAUUUGUUAUUCUGACACAUUUUGUGAUUUGUUUAGAAAGUCUCUAUCCUAAUGUAUUUUUGAAGUUAAUGGAGAUAAAUAAUGCUAGUUUCUAAAUGCUAUAUGAGAAUGUAAGAAAGAUGAGUUUUCAAUCAACAAGUCUUCAACAAUGCUUUGUUGGUUUGAACGUCGGAUUGUGUACUGUAAUAAUGAACGAUUGUAUAUUUCUACUGUGAAUAA